ACAAUACGGAGUACGACAAACUCAUUUGAUUUGGUUCUUCUGCUAACUCUUAAAGUGAGACACUGAUUAUUCUGGUUCAGCCCCUGUAGGUAUGCCCACCGAGUAGGAUGACACUAGUGUAAUCACUAGCCUAUGAAUAUGACCCUGAACACAGUAUACAACUUCUUCCCGUCGGUACGCCGCUCCGCCCAGCUGCCGGCUGUACCCCGAUCUGCGUUUUGCCGACCUGCGCGGCAAUGCAGAGACUCGGCUAGCCAAAGUCGAUGACCCUGCCAGCGAGUAUACCGGUAUGGUAAUGUCGGCGGCCGGACUGGAGCGCAUCGGUCUUCAGUCGCGCAUCAAUCAGUACCUGGGCUCCAAGAGCGAAUGCGGUGUUCCCAUUGGCGUCGAGACGGAAUGGGUUCAGCCUCACCAACUGCGGAUAAGUGCUAUCGUGGUGAGUCUAGAUGGCUCCCAGAGUGGUGAUGGUGAUACCCUCGAUGCUCGAAUCGAAACUACCAACGAAGCGGAUGUCCUCGAUCAGAAUUUGGCGGCCUAG